AUAGGCCAAGCAAAAAUGUGUCCUCCCUUCAACAGAAUUCCUCAUAUUCCACACCCAAAUAUCCGCAGUGCAAUUCAUUCCGUGUAUCGUAGAAUGGUGGCGUGUAAUUUCUUCUCCAUCUCAACCCCGAAGAAUGCAUUGCUAAUCCCUGGGUCAUUCAAUACAUUGAACCUGUGCGCUCAUAUUAAGCCAAAAUAUAAAUUGGCUGUAACAAACAGAAAAGGAGAAACAGCUACCUUAUCAAUGGCUGUCAACACUUCUACAAUUCGCUCUGCAGAUGAAUCACGGCGUUCCCUAUUAUUCGCUCUGGCUACCCAGGCCGCUUCUCAGUCUCAACGUUACUGGUACUUUGAUACAGUUAUUCAGGAUUUGGUUUCAGAAACAUUUAAUUAUAUCAGCCCUAGCACUAGAUUUGAAGCGCGUAGCCUGGAAGAAACUUUGAUGACUGUCCCAAAUCUGGAAACAGUGCAGUUCAAGGUUUUAAGAAGAGAGAAGGAAUACGAAAUCAGAGAAGUUAAGUCCUUCUAUGUAGCAGAGACGACAAUGCCUGGAAAUACAGGAUUUGACUUUUAUGGAUCAUCUCAGGGUUUCAACACUUUAGCAGCUUAUCUCUUUGGUAAGAACACAAAAAGUGAGGAGAUGAAAAUGACUACCCCUGUUUUUGCCCAAAAAACCCAAAUUGAUGGGGAGAAGAUGGACAUGACAACACCAGUAAUCACAAAACAGGAGCAAGAUCAAGGUAAAUGGCAGAUGUCCUUUGUUAUGCCUUCCAAGUAUGGGGAAAACUUGCCAGUUCCAAAUGAUCCUUCUGUCAGGAUAAGGAGAAUACCAGAGAAAGUUGUUGCAGUUAUUGUGUUUUCAGGGUUUGUGACUGAUGACGAAGUGCAGCGUAGAGAAUCCCAAUUGCGAGCUGCUCUAAGCAAGGAUCCUCUGGUGCAUAUAAAAGAAAAUGCAACAGCAGAAGUUGCACAGUAUAACCCUCCCUUUACCCCUCCAUUUAUGCGGCGCAAUGAGGUAAUCUUGGAAGUAGAGCUGAAGCAAGAUUAAGCUUGCUAAAGGAGAAUCUACUGAUUUUUCCAUGUUACAUGUAUGCCCUCCAUGUAGAGGUGCCUCGACAUAUGAAGAAUUUACUGUAAAGGUGUCUUUGCAUAAGCAUUUGUAUGUGAUUCUACUCUGCAUAUAUUAUAAAUGACUAUAAAAAAUGUAUAUAUUUGAUAGUAAGCCUAAAUUAAUUUGUAUAAGGUGUUUUUGA